GAGAGCGCCCGCCGGAGGCGAAAGCGACCAGCGCCUCGCCGCCGGCCACCCCUGCGCACUCCAUCGCCUGGGAUCAUGGACACGUCGCGGGACAUCGGUAGCUUUGUGGUGUGGGACUACGUGGUGUUUGCAGGCAUGCUGCUCAUCUCGGCCGUCAUCGGCAUCUACUACGCCUUCGCGGGGGGCGGCCAGCAGACCUCCAAGGACUUUCUGAUGGGCGGCCGAAGUAUGACUGCUGUGCCGGUGGCUCUGUCCCUCACAGCCAGCUUCAUGUCCGCAGUCACUGUUCUGGGUACCCCCGCCGAGGUCUACCGUUUUGGGGCCAUGUUCAGCAUCUUUGGCAUCACUUACUUUUUUGUGGUGAUUAUCAGCGCGGAGGUCUUCCUUCCGGUGUUCUAUAGGCUGGGGAUUACCAGCACCUAUGAGUACUUGGAACUUCGAUUUAAUCGGUUCAUUCGCCUCUGUGGCACGAUCCUCUUCAUCGUUCAAACAAUUCUGUAUACUGGAAUUGUUAUUUAUGCCCCUGCUCUGGCUUUGAAUCAAGUUACAGGAUUUGAUCUGUGGGGCGCAGUGGUGGCCACAGGGGUGGUCUGCACAUUCUACUGCACACUGGGUGGCCUUAAAGCAGUUGUCUGGACAGAUGUUUUUCAAGUUGGGAUCAUGGUGGCUGGAUUUGCAUCCGUGAUUAUACAGUCUUCGAUCACUCAAGGUGGCAUCAAUGCGGUCUUAAAUGAUGCUUCCAAUGGUGGAAGAUUAAACUUCUGGAACUUUAAUCCUAACCCUUUGCAAAGACACUCCUUCUGGACAAUUAUCAUCGGAGGAACAUUCACGUGGACCACCAUCUAUGGUGUCAACCAGUCCCAAGUGCAGAGAUAUAUUUCCUGUAAAAGCAGACUCCAGGCAAAACUGUCGCUCUACAUCAACCUCGUGGGCCUCUGGGCGAUCCUCACCUGCUCCGUGUUCUGUGGGCUCGCCCUGUACUCCAGAUACCACGACUGUGAUCCCUGGACGUCUAAGAAAGUGUCAGAAGUUGACCAGCUUAUGCCUUAUUUGGUACUGGACAUUUUGAAAAAUUACCCUGGAGUUCCUGGACUUUUUGUGGCCUGUGCUUACAGUGGGACAUUAAGCACCGUCUCCUCCAGCAUCAACGCCUUGGCCGCGGUGACUGUGGAAGACCUCAUCAAACCUCACUUCAGGUCACUCUCAGAGAAGUCCCUGUCUUGGGUUUCCCAAGGAAUGAGCGUGCUGUACGGAGCUCUGUGCAUCGGAAUGGCUGCUGUGGCAUCACUGAUGGGAGCCUUGUUGCAGGCCGCACUCAGCAUAUUUGGCAUGGUUGGUGGACCACUUCUGGGCUUGUUUUCGCUGGGCAUCUUGGUCCCCUUUGCCAACUCUAUUGGAGCACUGGCUGGUCUGUUGGCUGGAUUUAUCAUUUCUUUAUGGGUAGGAAUUGGAGCUCAGCUUUACCCUCCACUUCCUGAGAGAACCUUACCAUUGCCGCUCGAUACCCACGGCUGUAACAGCACGCACAAUGUGUCGGACUGGAUGUCCACCACAGAAAUGCCGUUUUCCACUAGCGCUUUCCAAAUACACAACGUGGAAAGGACUCCACUGAUGGACAAUUGGUAUUCAUUGUCAUAUCUGUACUUCAGUACUAUUGGAACACUGGUGACAUUGUUUGUGGGGAUACUUAUCAGCUUAUCGACAGGAGGAAGAAAACAGAACUUGGACCCUCGAUUCUUACUAACCAAACAGGACUUUUUAUCCAAUUUUGAUGCUUUUAAGAAAAAGAAUCAUGUUUUAAGCUAUAAAUCGCAUCCUGUGGAAGUUGGUGGAACUGAUAACCCCGCCUUCAACCAUGUUGAGCUGAACUUCACAGAUCACAGUGGCAAGAUCAAUGGGACUCGUUUGUGAAGCACGGUCAGGGAGAGAUGCUUUAAUAUGAUCUCUCUCUCUCUCUCUCUCUCUCUCUCUCUCUCUCUCUCUCUCUCUCUCUCUCUCUCUCUCUCUCUCUC